CCAGCAGUGAUGCAAGGCCACCAACGACCUUGUGCUACCGCAUUGUCUGUAGACGAGGAUCAUCGAUGCAUCAAUGCAAUGCCUGUGGCCCGCGACUGGCCAACAGAUGAGAAGGUUAUGGAGAGGCCACAUCUGCAUUCCAUAUAACGAGAACACUCACGUCCAACGAACAAGAUACUUCCUUGAAACCCUCUUGACUGCGCACCAUGCGAUCUGCGAUCUCUCGCCGUUUUGCUCUUGCAUUCAGCCUCAUCCAGUCGCACCUGGUUUUGACGAUCGUGACGGGAAAAGUAAUCUCCAAUGCCCAACACCGCCUUGUGACAGAACUCGUCGCAGCGGCGCUCUGGGCAACGGCCAGCUUCUUGCUCGCAUUUCCAUGCAUCGACUUCCUCGCGCGCGACACGAUGCCAAUUUGGGUAAUUGAGGUGCUUCGCUCGCUCCUCAUCUUCAUCUUCGAUCUGAGUGCCGCCAUAGUGUUCACCACGCUGAUAAGACGUGACGAUAGCAUGGAUAAUUGGCAGGUCUGUGUCGAUUUCAUGAUCUUCGACUCCGAGUGCGCGGUCGCCAGUGUGGUCCUGGCAAUGUCAUGGUACGUCGCGAUCUUGGCUUUCGCGAAUUGCGGCCUGUGCGCGAUGCGGUAUCGGUCUAUCCUUCCCGAUUGGCUGUAUCGUCAUCUCCAGCGCAAGGAUGUCGAAUCUGCAUUGCCGCUUACUCGUGACUGCCUGAGGAAAGGUGCAACCCGGCGAGCCGCGACCCCUUUCAUACGACGCGAGCCGCGCAUCAGUCAUCUCCGGUAUGAGCUGGUGCCAGACGAGUUAUCUGCUUCGGGUUCGCCGUCUUCUGUCCCCUAGCACCUCCCAUGCCCGCCGCCCCCUCGACAUCUCCGCGGUUGAGGGGAAGAGGAAUACUAGGGAUCAAGAUGUUCGCUGACUUGAUAUGAUAUGUCCAUGCAUGGCAGGAAGAUGCGAUAGUUCGCUGGAACGCAAGAUACAAACAGGGUUGUUCUAGCUUGUAUAAUAAUAUGAUCACCU